AUGGCUUUCCAGAGUGGGUGUUCCGACGAGACUGCACGUUCCCUCUUGUUCGUUAACAUUUCGGCCGCCGGACAAAAGCUCUCCGACAACUUGGAUACUCUCUGGCAUGAGGCCAGUAGUCAGCUCUGGAUUAGCGUCCUCUGCCCACUUGACCGGAAGACCAGAUCCACCAGGCUUAAUAAUGAUGCUGAUAUCCGCAAGGAGGCUGUUUGCUCAGUCUCUUCCUCCCGGAUAGAAAGCAAUUCUUGUCAACCGAGCCACGGCAAAGAAUCCACUGAUCAUCCAACUGAGUCUGGCAAACGGUUCGAGAUGUUAGGACUUGCUUCUCGUUGGCAAACGUUACAGUAUCGGCAUCAUUCAGUCAUGUCACAGGUGAGUGAGGAAGAUAAAUUUGUUGAAAUGCUUGAGUCAAGACAAUUACUUGCUCGAGCUUACUGA